AUGAAUCAUAUAAACUUUUUCAAAUAUUUUUCCGAACGAAAUCGAGAGAAAAAUAAUAUCCCGUCCUAUACUUCCAACACCUUACAACAACAGAAAAAAAAAGACUUUAAAAAAUAUUUCAACUUUUUAAUAAUAAAAAAGAAUAAAUCCAAAAUUAAUAAAGACAAAAAUUAUGAGGAAAAUGAAGAAAAUGAUGAAAAAAAUUUGCAUAAGAAUAAAGUGAAGGUUACUAUUGAGGAAGAUAAUUUAAAAUAUGGUUCUGAUGAGUGUAAAGAAAAUAACGUAUAUAUAAAUAAUAAUACAAAUGUGAAUAAUAAAAAAUAUAGUAACAAGACUACACAUAUGAAUAGUGUUAAUACCCUACAAAAUAUUUCAUCAAAUAAUGAUAAUAAUAGUAAGAAAAAAAAAAAAAAAAAAAAAAAAAGUUUUAGUGUUGAAGGUACAAAAUUAUUAAAGAUCAAAGAAUAUAAAAAAGGGAAAUUUUUUAAAAUCCAUUUUUUUUUAAACAGAAAAAAUAAAUAUAAUGAAAAAAGAGAAGAUCCAUAUAAAAAUAUUAAUGUUAAUACAGAUAUUACUUUGGAACAAAAUAUAAUAAAUUAUAAUAAAUAUGAUUCUCAAAAUUCAUUUGAAUCAGUUGAAAGUAACAAUAUUAAUAACAACACACAUUUUAAAAAAAAACAUAAAAAAAUAAUUAAUUUAAAAAAAAAAUAUAAUAACCUUCAUGGAGAUUUAUAUAAAAAAAAUAAUUAUACUAAUGUAUUCUUAUGUAAAAAAAGUUUUUCUGAUGAAGAAAAUAAAAAAAAAAAAAAAAUCAUAAAUAAUAAUUCACCUUGUAAAUAUCAAAAACAAAAUUAUGAUAGUAAAUCUAAACAAGGAAUAUAUAAAGCAAACUAUCGUAACUUCAGAGAUAGUUCGAUUGAAAAGAUGGAUCUAUACAACAUGCACCAUAAAAGAAAUGAUGUUAUUUUUCAAGGGAAGGUAGCUUUGAAUGCACUAAACAAAAUCAUGUUUGAAGAAAAGAGAGAAAAGACAUUUUAUAAAGACAAUAUGGCUAACUGUGCACUCAAUAAUAUUGAUUAUAAAAUUAGAAUGAAAAAUGAAUAUCUAUAUAAACAUGAUGAAAAAGAAGAAAUACGAAAAAAGAGAGUACGUAACUCUAUAUCUUUAUCAUAUGAAAGAAAAAAAAGAAUAAGACCUGAAAGUUUUAAUUACCUUAAGGUAAUUGGAGAAGGUUCAUAUGGAAAGGUUAUGCUAGUGAAACAUCUUCAAAAUAAAAAAUUAUAUGCUAUGAAAAUAUUAAGAAAAGAAAAUAUUUUAUCAAAAAAUCAAAUAGAACAUACUAGAGUAGAAAGAAAUGUAUUGAAAUGUGUUUCUCAUCCUUUUAUUGUAAAAAUGUAUUAUGCUUUUCAAACUACACAAAAAUUAUAUUUUAUAUUGGAAUAUUGUCCUGGUGGUGAACUAUUUUUUCACUUAUCUAAAUUAAGAGAGUUUUCUGAAGAAACAGCCAAAUUUUAUUCUUCUGAAAUUAUAUUAGCACUUGAAUAUUUACAUGAAUUAAAUAUUAUUUAUAGAGACUUAAAACCAGAAAAUGUUUUAUUAGAUGAAUUAGGACAUAUAAGAUUAACAGACUUUGGAUUAUCAAAGGAAGGUAUUACAGAAACAAAUUUAACCAAAUCAUUGUGUGGUACUCCAGAAUAUUUAGCUCCAGAAAUUAUUGAACAAACUGGACAUGGAAAAGCUGUUGACUGGUGGAGCCUAGGUAUUAUGUUAUAUGAAAUGUUAACAGGAGAAUUACCUUUUAAUAACUCUAACAGAAAUAUUUUAUUCGAAAGUAUUAAAUAUGAAAAAUUAACUUAUCCAAAAAAUUUAUCUCCAAAAGCUGUUGACCUAUUAAAAAAAUUAUUUGAAAAAAAUCCAAAGAAAAGAUUAGGCUCAGGAUCUACGGAUGCACAAGAAAUUAAAAAACAUCCCUUUUUUAAAAAUGUUAAUUGGGAUGAUGUUUUAUAUAAAAAGGUCAAACCUCCAUUUAAACCAAAAUUAUUCAAUCAAUUAGAUUUGCAAAAUUUUGACAAAGAAUUCUUAAAUAUGCCUUUAAAAUACUCAGAUCAACAUGAAAAUAGUAACCUUACAUAUGAAGAUCCAAAAAAUUUUAUCAUUCAGGAUUUUAAUUACAAUUAUUAUGAAUAG